AGCAGCGCCUCUAUGUCCGGGCCGUUGUUUUGGCCGUCAGCUGGGAGGGCGAGGAGGACGUCAACACUGACCCAGAUUGCCUCGCCAGUAGUUACCAUGCACAAUGUCCUCGGGGAUGGAGUCCAUGAGGAAAAAGGUGUACCACGCCGCCAAGGAGGGCCUGUCCAUCUCCCUGUACGCCCACCUGUCCGUCAAGGCGCCGGAGGAGUGCCAGCAACUCCUGUCUCAGGUUGUUGAAGAAGAUGGACAGAAAUGUACUCCUCUGAUCAUCUCAGCUUGUAAUGGCCAUGAGCGUGCUGUGCGCACAUUGCUCAAGUUUAAUCCAGAUCUGGAGCAAGAAGGAACUGUCAAGUUUGAUGGAUAUGUUAUUGAGGGAGCAAGUCCUCUGUGGUGUGCAGCUGGAGCUGGACACUUGAGUGUGGUGAAGAUGCUGGUGCGAGCCGGAGCCAAUGUCAACCAUCCCACCAAGACCAACUCCACCCCACUACGAGCAGCUUGUUUUGAUGGCCGCCUGGACAUUGUCAAGUACCUCACCGACCACAGUGCCAACAUUCACAUCACCAACAAAUACAAUAACACCUGCCUUAUGAUUGCAGCAUACAAAGGCCAUGUAGAUGUUGUGCAGUUCCUCCUUGAACUUGGUGCAAAUCCUGAUGAAAAAGCUCAUUGUGGAGCCACAGCACUCCAUUUUGCAGCAGAGUGUGGUCAUGUGAAGAUAGUGCGUGAAUUAUUGGCUCAUGGAGCAAAGAUAACAAAGAAUGAACAUGGAAUGACCCCACUCAUAGCUGCAGCAGAAAGGACAAGGAGUGAAGUGGUGGAAUGUUUGAUAUCAAGACCCGAUGUUUCUAGACUUGAAAAAGUGGAUGCCUUAGAACUGUUAGGAGCAUCAUUUGCGAGUGAUAAAGACAAUUAUAAUAUUGAAUUAGCAUUUCAAUAUAUGAUAAAAGGAAUGCAAGAAAGAUACUGUGAUCCUAAUGUUAUUUUAAGUAAACCCCCGAGUAAACCUGUGCCAGCGUAUGAAUCCCGCAUUGAAUGUGGGACAGUGGAGGAGCUGGAGAGCAUCAGACACAAUUCUGGUGCUCUGCACAUGGAAAGUUUGGCCAUCAGGGAACGAAUACUUGGCCCACAUAACCCAGAGGUUCCUCAUCCUGUGAUAUUCCGGGGAGCAGUGUUUGCAGACAAUGCAAGGUUUGACCGGUGCCUCCAGCUGUGGGUUCAUGCUCUCAGACUGAAGCAGAUGAAUAAAGUGUGUGUCAUGAAGGACCUGCUUAGGUUUGCACAGGUGUUUUCUCAGAUGUUACAUGUUGGAGUUCAACUGGAAUUUGAAGCUGUUCAUGAAGUCUUAGGUGCUACUGUUAUAGAACUCAAAAGAAAUAAAGAAAAAAUUUUGUGUCCUGGGCCAAAAGACGACGUUGAAAAUAUUAAGGAGGAGAUGGAGAGCAACAUGAUAACAGCACUGUACCUGAUCAUGAUAGCUGUGUGUGUAGCCAAAGGUCGCGCCUCUUCAUCCCUGCCAGGAGUCAGCAUAAUCAAUUAUGAUCCUGUGAUGAACAAUGGUAUUGGUGCACUGAAUGGAGGCAUGAGAGUGGUGGGCUUUGGCAUGAGGGGGCUGGAGGGAGGAGAUACUGUAAGGCAAUCCCUUCAACAACUACAUCAAGUGGUAGAGAAAGAAUCUCAGAUCCAUCACACAGUUUAUUGUCUUGUGCAAGUUGAUGCGAGAACUCGCACAGGCCAGACUCUGCUGCAUCUGGCUGUCAACCCAGAAACUCCAGUUGAUGAUUUUCAUACAAAUCAUAUAUGCAGAUUCCCGUGUGCCACAACAACGAAGCUUUUGAUAGCCUGUGGAGCAGAUGCCAACUCUAUGGACAACUUUAGAAAUACUCCUCUUCACCUCAUUGUUCCAUAUCAAAAAGCAGUCAGUGACUUCCUCACUCUUCACAACAUUAUCAUGGCUCUUGUUGAAAAUGGUGCUCACAUGGAUACCGUCAACCAACUAGGAGCAACACCCUUUGAUUCAGCAACCACAGGUGUUGCUGAAAUAAUACUGAGAACUCAGAAAAAGCUCAGUCUCAAGUGUUUAUCAGCCAAAGUGAUAAAGAAAAAUGGAAUCUCAUACAAAGGUCAGGUUCCUCGACACCUGGAGGCCUUCAUUGAGUUGCACGGGCCUGGUCACGUGGACACCCUCGCCACCAGACCCACGAAGAGUGACCAUCGACUAUGAAGUUCCUGCCCCGGAUCAUGUGUGGUGUUUGCUAUGCUCAUGCAGAUUGUUAAUAGUGCAGCUCCACGUUGAUAUCUGUGAAGACCUCAUAACUUUUAAAGCAAGUUACUAUCACGGUGGCUGCGUUUCUAAUACAGCCACUAAACUGUCAUUGCUUCAGUUUGAAAUUGGGAUACAUACACAUUCAGGUAUUUCUGAUUGUAGAUUUUUUUCAGUGUCGUGAUCUUGCCAGAACCUAUCUUACCAUAACGACAGGAAUGUUCACUAGGAAUCCUGACUCCAGAAGGAUAACAACCAGUCUGAAGACAAAUUUUUCACAUUCUCAUGACUGUCUUCAUUGAAAAGUGGUAAAGGAUCUAAAUAUUCAUAUAUUGACCCUUUUAACACUGACUAUUAACUUGAUUUAUUAUAGCUUUUUUUCAGAUCUCCUUUUUAUGCAUAUGUUAUGUAUAGAUUUUUAUGUAACAAAUUGUGUGAUGAAUAUAGUUAUGUUUCUGGA